ACAGUUCCAUAAUGCUUGCAUUAGUUUAUUUUAAAAGUUGCGAAUGUUCUCUGUUUCAUAAAAGCAGUAGUGUUUGAAAAGAUUGUUCAGGCUACAAGUUCUGCAGAAAAGAAUUAAAAUGAGGGAACAUAUUUUAAUUUACUGCAGUGCAAGUGCGCUGCCCAAAAAAAUGGCGAAAAAAAUUUCUGGUACUGAAAUAGCAGGGAAAAUAACAGCAGAUCUCAAAAAUGAAGUCCAGCGAAUGAGGCAAAAGGUACCAGACUUCCAACCAGGACUUGCUAUUGUGCAGGUGGGUAACAGGAGUGAUUCAAAUGUUUAUAUUAAUAUGAAAAUAAAAUCAGCAUCGGAAAUUGGUAUGAGGGCAGAGCACGUCCGUUUCCCAAGAGAUAUUACAGAGACAGAGCUUCUCCAAAAACUGAGUAAUUUAAAUAGCGACCCUAGCAUUCACGGUAUAAUUGUUCAAAUGCCUUUAGACGUAGAAACACCUAUUGAUUCCCAUUUGGUUACUGAUUCGGUUGCUCCGUCUAAAGAUGUUGAUGGUUUACACACAAUAAACGAGGGUAAAACUGCCAUAGGAGAUUUUUCAGGGUUUGUACCGUGCACCCCCAAUGGAUGUAUCGAGCUUAUUAAAAGUACAGGUGUCCCUAUUGCUGGGGCGACCGCAACCGUCUUAGGUAGGAGUAAAAUUGUUGGAACUCCAAUUGCAGAACUUUUGAAAUGGAACCAUGCUACCGUCACAGUUUGUCAUUCAAAAACGAAGAAUUUGAAGGAAGUUUGUCAGCAAGCAGACAUUCUUGUGGUUGCUAUAGGAAAAGCUCAGUUGGUGAAAAGAGAUUGGGUAAAAAAGGGGGCCGUAGUUAUUGACUGUGGAAUCAACGUUAUACCUGAUCCUUCGCGAAAGUCAGGUCAGCGGUUAGUGGGGGAUGUAGAUUAUGAGGAGGUGCGUCAAGUCGCCUCUCAUAUUACUCCUGUACCCGGUGGAGUUGGACCCAUGACUGUAGCAAUGCUAAUGAAAAAUACUGUUUUGAGUGCUCAAAGGCAGUUUCAAAAAUUAUUAGUGGGACAUUGGAAUUUAAAAACACUGCCGCUCCAUCUUAAAAGACCUGUACCGAGUGAUAUAGAAAUCGCUCGCAGUCAAAUACCGAAAAAAAUAUCCCUACUAGCAGAAGAAAUUGGAUUGGCACCAAACGAAGUCAAUCAGUAUGGAAGCACGAAAGCUAAGAUUUCACUUUCGGCUCUAGAUCGUCUCAAAAAUCUUCAAAACGGCAAAUAUGUUGUAGUUGUAGGUAUAACACCAACCCCUUUGGGAGAAGGUAAAAGUACCACUACUAUCGGUUUAGUCCAAGCACUAAACGUUCAUAAACAACGUAAUGCAAUCGCAUGUUUGCGUCAACCUUCCCAGGGCCCUACUUUUGGAAUUAAAGGAGGUGCAGCUGGUGGUGGAUAUUCUCAGGUUAUUCCAAUGGAUGAAUUUAAUUUACAUCUUACUGGUGACAUUCAUGCCAUUAGUGCCGCCCACAAUUUACUUGCCGCUCAGUUAGACGCAAGAAUGUUUCAUGAAAAAACUCAACAAGAUACUGCUUUGUAUGAUAGAUUGGUACCGAUCAUUAAAGGAACCAGGAAAUUUUCAAAAAUACAACUGCGACGUCUUGAACGAUUGGGCAUAAAUAAAACGGACCCCGAUAGCUUAACCGAUGAAGAAAAGAAACGGUUUGCGAGAUUAGAUAUUGAUGCCAGUACAAUUAUUUGGCCAAGAGUUUUGGACAUUAAUGACCGUUUUCUACGAAAAAUAACAAUUGGUCAGUCACCUACAGAGAAGGGGUUUACACGAGAAACGGGUUACGUCAUUUCCGUUGCGAGUGAAAUUAUGACCAUCUUGUCCCUAGCUAAAAAUCUGAAAGACUUCAAGGAUAGACUUAGCAAAAUGGUAAUAGCGCUUGAUACGUCUGGAAAUCCCGUUACUGCUGACGAUCUGGGUAUGACUGGAGCUCUAAUGGUACUGCUAAAAGAUACUGUGGAACCAACACUUAUGCAGACUUUAGAAGGGACACCUGUACUUGUACAUGCAGGUCCUUUUGCAAAUAUUGCUCAUGGUUGUUCGUCAGUUUUAGCAGAUAGCAUUGCUUUGAAGUUAGUUGGACCAGACGGUUUUACAAUCACUGAAGCGGGUUUCGGUUCGGACAUUGGGAUGGAAAAGUUUUUCAACAUAAAAUGCAGAGCUUCUGGUCAUGCACCAGAUGCUGUAGUUUUGGUAACUACAGUUAGAGCACUAAAAAUGCAUGGAGGUGGCCCAAUUGUAACUCCUGGACUCCCCCUGAAACCACAGUACACCCAAGAAAACUUGGAUCUAUUGGCAAAGGGAUUGCCAAAUCUUAUAAAACAUAUUGACAAUGGCAUCCAAUUUGGUGUACCAGUUGUUGUCGCAAUUAAUAAAAUAGUGACCGAUACAGAUGCCGAAUUAGAUUUAAUACGUAAAGUGGCAAUGGAAAAUGGUGCAUUCGAUGCGAUAAUCUGUACCCAUUGGGCCGAUGGAGGUAAAGGAGCAGAAAAUUUGGCGGAUGCUGUAAUAAGAGCAUCCAAUCAACCAAACAAAUUUAAACUUUUAUACGAGUUGGAUUUAUCAAUCCUAGAUAAAAUGAACUUAAUAGCUAGGAAGAUGUACGGUGCUACUGGAGUUGAAUGUACCGAAGAAGUUCUUAAGUUAAUUGAAAAAUUUACGAAACUGGGUUAUAAUAAGUUGCCAGUUUGUAUGGCGAAAACUUCUUUAUCGUUAACUGGCGAUCCGGCCAUUAAAGGAGCACCAAAAGAUUUUAUAGUUAAAAUAAAUGAUAUAACAGUAGCUGUUGGAGCUGGCUUUACCAUACCAAUCUGUGGCGAGAUAUCGAGAAUGCCCGGAUUGCCAACAAGGCCUGCAAUAUAUGAUAUUGAUCUUAAUAUCGAAACAGGUGAAAUCGAAGGGCUCUUUUAGACAAAUUACAACAUAUUUUACAAUAUAUCACAGUCAAGGAAAUUACCACCAAAUGUAAGCACCAAAUUUUCAUUUAAUUUUAAUAUAAUAAAAAAAUGUAUAUGUA